AUGAACUUAUCGAAGGGGCCAUUGGUGAACAGCAGUGACGAUAACUCCAAGUCAACCUAUAGUAAAUGCGGUGCUGGCGCCUGGAGGAUGCACCAGAGCUACGAUCCACUAGAGGCCAACCACAUGAGAGACGCACAUGCCCUCUACAACCCCAGGCUUCUCUGCAGAAUGUCCAGUAAGGAGCGCCACCUAGAGUCCAACUGUCCGUCCUCUUAUAUAAAGACUGAGCCGUCUAGUCCUGCCUCCCUGACUGACAGCCUAAACCAUCACUCACCUGGUGGCUCCAGUGACGCCUCAGGCUCCUAUUCGUCCACGAUGAACGGCCACCCCAACGGCUUAGACUCCCCGAGCCUUUACGGCUCCAACGCAGGGCCCCUGGGUCCUGCUGGCGGCCCCGGCUCAAAGCGUUACGAGGACUGUUCGUCAACUAUUGGGGAAGAUUCACAGAUCAAGUGCGAGUACAUGUUGAAUUCGAUGCCCAAGAGGCUGUGUCUGGUGUGCGGGGACAUUGCGUCAGGGUACCACUAUGGAGUGGCAUCCUGUGAGGCCUGCAAGGCGUUCUUCAAACGCACCAUCCAAGGCAACAUAGAGUACAGCUGUCCAGCCACCAAUGAGUGCGAGAUCACCAAGAGGAGACGCAAGUCGUGCCAGGCCUGCCGCUUCAUGAAGUGUCUGACUGUGGGCAUGCUGAGGGAGGGUGUUCGUCUGGACAGGGUUCGCGGUGGGAGACAGAAGUAUAAGCGCCGGAUAGAUGCGGACAACAGUCCAUACCUGAACCCACAGCUGGCUCUGCCUCCCAAGAAGCCAUUUGCCUUUGGCUGCCUUGCAGAUAACAAAAUCGUCUCUCACCUGCUGGUGGCCGAGCCAGAGAAGAUUUACGCUAUGCCUGACCCAACAGUACCAGACAGCGACAUCAAGGCCCUGACUACGCUGUGUGACCUGGCGGACAGAGAGCUGGUGGUCAACAUCGGCUGGGCCAAACAUAUCCCAGGGUUCUCUACGCUGUCUUUGGCAGACCAGAUGAGUCUACUGCAGAGUGCAUGGAUGGAGAUCUUGAUCUUACGUGUUGUGUACCGCUCCCUUUCCUUUGAAGACAAGUUGGUGUAUGCUGAGGACUACAUAAUGGACGAGGACCAGUCGAAGCUAGCUGGACUUCUGGACCUGAACAACGCCAUCCUCCAGCUGGUCAAGAAAUACAAGAGUAUGAAGCUAGAGAAGGAGGAAUUUGUCGCUCUCAAGGCCAUCGCAUUGGCUAACUCAGACUCCAUGCACAUUGAAGAUGUGGAUGCAGUGCAGAAGCUCCAGGAUGUGCUCCACGAGGCCCUGCAGGACUACGAGGCUUCCCAGCACCAGGAGGAUCCCCGCCGGGCGGGCAAGCUGCUCAUGACCCUUCCUCUGCUCCGCCAGACCUCCACCAAGGCUGUGCAACACUUCUACAGCAUCAAGCAGGACGGCAAAGUCCCAAUGCACAAACUCUUCCUGGAGCUGCUGGAAGCCAAGGUCUGAGGACGGGAGAAUACAUGGAAGGACAGCCAGACGCCAGUCUGAAUCUCACUUUGAAUGACCUCUUUCUCUUUUACACGCACACACACUUAAACAUACGCACACACACACACAGAAAUAUAUCCCUGAAGUACGUCUGCUGACACAUCCCCCUAUGAAUAAACAAGUAACCUAAACCUCUUACCUGAACUCCUGAACCUCCGCCAUCUUUGACAAAAGGCUCACUCACUUGACCUCUUGUUUUGGGGAAGAUGCUGACAGACUGACUCCCGUAUUACCAAGGGAGAGAUAUUUCCUCUUAAAAACUAUUAACAAGCACUAAAGAGUUACAACAGUGGCUCCGAACACUGAAGAUGGCAAAACUUAUGCAUUUAAUAACAAUUAAGAUGUUAUUAAAGACAAAUGCUUAAAUGAGGACACAUUUAAAAGAAACUGAAAACUCUUCAUUUUAGUUCUGAGAGACUGUAAGACUGCACUCGUGUCUCCUUUUCCCUCCCUAUUUCCCCCAACAGAGUUUUUUAAGUGUUCAAGACAAAAACGAGUGGAGAAAAAAAAAUAACACUAAAUAAGUAUUAAUGACGUUUGUUGUCAAAUUACGUGUACAAUGAAAUUUGGAAGGAUGGACAGAAAGAAAAGAAGAGGAGAUUUGCCCUGCCAAAGAAUGGAGCUCAUCCAUUCAA